CCCUGCGAUUGAGAAGCGGCUUCCGCCCGGUGGGCUUUGUACGGCGCACCCGGGAGGCGGGACCUCCGGGACAAGAUGGAGUUACUGGAGGUACUGAAGCGCGGGCUGCAGCAGGUCAGCGGUCACGGCGGCCUCCGCGGCUAUCUACGAGUUUUAUUCAGGGCAAAUGAUGUGAGGGUUGGUACAUUAGUAGGGGAAGACAAAUAUGGAAACAAAUACUAUGAAGACAACAAGCAAUUUUUUGGCCGUCACCGGUGGGUUAUAUAUACUACUGAAAUGAAUGGCAAAAACACAUUCUGGGACGUGGAUGGAAGCAUGGUGCCUCCUGAAUGGCAUCGUUGGCUUCACUGUAUGACUGAUGAUCCUCCAACCAUACAACCACCUAUUGCUCGUAAAUUCAUUUGGACAAACCAUAAAUUCAACGUGACUGGCACCCCACAGCAGUAUGUACCAUAUUCCACCACUAGAAAGAAGAUUCAGGAGUGGGUCCCACCUUCAACACCUUACAAAUAAAGACAGUGAAAAACAGUUUAACCAUGCAAAAGCUGGGGCUUUUCAUGUAAUUGCACCUUUUCUGCUGACUUUAAGUUAAUUAAAAUCGUUUGACUAAGCAA